AUGAGCCGCGAUAUACCCGUGCCUUCACGAAUUGUCGUUAUGGGAACAUCGGUGUUGUCCUUAAACGAUCGAUUUGCCAAUCUAAACGAACCCAUCGAAGCAGACACGAUGGAGCAAUCAAGAGGCCCAGUACAGAAAACGAUUCAUGUUAACUCUGCCGUCUUGAAGGGUCAACAAUACAAGAAGAGAACACAAGUUGCAUACGGCGAUUUGACGGAUGAUAUGGGUGCCGAGGACGAAGUUGUGGAGUACGUGGAAGAAGUUCGAUAUCCACAAACUAGACGUGGGAUUGCCAUUGGACGCAGUCGAAACAUCCGUUAUUUGCCAACACGUCAGCGAGAAACGAUUGCAGAAAGAGUGAGCCUCGAUAGACCAAUUGGGAAUCGUGUCUCCUUUGGUACACGACCUCCUUAUUCUCAUCAGAAUCAUUUCCGAACUUCUCAUGGCAUGAUCACCAAAUCCUACAGCAACUCGCACGGACAGAAUCAAUUUCAUCAACGUGUGCGCGGCAGAGGAAACACCACUCGUGGAAACUUCCAAAACAAAAGCGAUGCACAGCCAAAGAAAACUGCCGAGGAGUUGGACAGGGAGAUGGAUGAGUACAUGAAGAAAGAGAAGCAUCCAAAGAUUACGAUGGAUUAU